ACGGCAGUUCCGGUUCUCCCGGUGGAGCCUACCCGUACCGAUGGAGCGAACGGAACAGAACCACCUCGAUGCAAAUAAAUCCACGGCUCGACCACCGUUCACUCUCGCUUUUCAAACCCGCAUAUGCACGCCAGCCGGACACGGAUGGAGACGCAUGGUGGUGGAUGAGAUCACGUUGCUCGGUAUCUCACGGUGCCGCGCGACAAUGUUGUGCGUUUGGCGAUGAUAAAAAUCUCCUGAAUCCUCUCGCGACAAAUUAUCAUCGGCUCCCCGAAAGCUGCUCAGUUGUUCAAGUGCCACCAUUGCCGCCGGGUGGUCGAGCUUCGAGUUCCCCGUUCCCGUGGCUACACAAAUUCCGAGAGCCCUUGGAAAAACAUUGUGUGCAAGAGUGUGUGUGUGUGUGUGCAUUCAAUUAAAAGUAAAGCAAAGCAGUUAAAUGUUACAGGGAUUUUAUUGUGUGUAAAAUAAAAACAUUGCUUCGAAUGGCACAUUUCUUUGGCCAUUCAAACGCUUGUGCUUGUAAAAUGACAUUUGUGCCGUGCUAAGCGACCGAGACCGAGGCGGGCCCACCGACGGCCGAAGGAAAUGGGGAGUCUACACAAUGCCGAAAGGUAAUGAAGCGUACCAUAUAUACCAGCCCAUACUGUCCGCACUGUCCACCGGGGCCACACGGCUCAAGGAUAAUGGGGUUUGAUGUGAUCAAACACUGCAUGGAAUCAAUUGGUGGAAAAUAUGGGACAAAUAAACAUCAAUAGGGCCACAGCAGCAAGGGAAGGCUCGCCGUAACGCGCCAGAGAUGUCUGGAUGUGUGUGUGUGUGCAUGUGUGUCUGUGUGAGUGUGUGGGGGAUUAAUCCUUGCCAUAGCGAAGUCGCAUAUUGCUACCACUCCGGGGACAUCUCAGCACCCUGUGGUCCUUUCUGCUCGCGAUGGUCGGCGGGAUAAGGUGGAACGUUGCAAACUGUCGGCCAAAUGCCAAUUGCAUCUUCUCCAAGAUUUGAAGGAACUGGAAAAUCGCGCCAGGUUCUCUGCCGCCAGCUGCGGCACUACAAUGUGUCUCGUGACCCUUCCGGGCUGCUAGCGUGUGUGGUGGAGUCGCGUGAUAAAAGCGUCCACAACCGGGAGGAUGCAGAUAUUCAACGGCCUCCUGACUAUUGGCAGGAAACGAUAAGCUGUCCAGAGCCAAGUUCUCGGAUGUCGUUAUUUUACACUGUGAACAGUAAAGGAAGCAAAGCAAGAGCACACUCCACGGCACAAAAAAGUAGCGCUGGGAUUCGGGCUUCAGGAGACUUCCCCGAAGCGGAAGUCGUUGUACCCUGAGGGUGGGUGUUUUUUUUUCCCACUUCGGGCAUCCCAAGUUCUGUCUCUCACACCACCCGGAACCGGGCGUCAACAACCUUCGUCCGCUUCGGUGCUUCGGUGGCUGCGAUGGCUGAGAAAACAAGCUUUGCCCACCGUUACCGAUCGAGCCACAGCGUGCUGCACUACAAACCGCUGCUGCCGACGAACGAUCGACGGAUCGGGGGACCGCUGCGGAAGAAGAAAACCCGCUUCAAGGUCCUGCUGAUGAUGGGCACCGUGUUCGCCUGCCUGCUGUACGCGAUCGAGCGUCCGUUCUGGUGGGAUUACGAUGCGCUCGAGGCACCGCUGUGGAACGAAGCGCUCGAAACGCGCGACGACGAGCAGCACUUUAACUACAACAGCUCGUACUUCGUCAAUACGGUCGGCUGUAAGAUGCCCAGCUUCCCGGUGACGAACGCGCAGAUACAGAAGUUCAUCGAGCGUCCGGAACCGAUCGAGUGUGUUCCGGCGCUGCUCGAGGCGGACGACCGGUGGAUCUGGUUCCAGCUGUCGGUGGACGACAUCGAACGGCACUAUAACGUGACGAACGCGAGCCUGGUGCAGUGCUGCGUGAGACCCUUCGAGCGGGUCAGCGAUCAGGAGGAGCAUCAGGUGGGCAACGAAAGCUGUUUCGAUUACCCGGAACGGUUCACCGUGCGGGAGGAAGAGUUCGUGAUGGUAAACUGCCAUUACGGUGGGUCGAAGGAUGCCUUCUACUGGGACUACUUUGCGUUCGUGCCGUGGAAGAAGUCGAUCGAGGAGCGGUUGCGUCAAUCGGGGACGGGUCAUGCGCGGGAGCCUGAAGGAUUGGGCGACGAUCAGCAGCAGCAGCUGAAUGUGAUGAUACUAGGGAUCGAUUCGGUCUCGAGAUUGAAUCUACACCGACAGAUGAAUCAAACGACCGACUAUCUACUCAACACCUUAAACGGCAUCGAGAUGUUCGGUUACAACAAAGUGGGCGACAAUACAUUCCCCAACAUGAUACCGGCCCUGACCGGGCUCGACAUCGAGGAGCUCGGUGCGGCAUGUCUUCCAAACGCCAGCAGUACCUUUGACCUGUGCCAGUUCGUGUGGAACAAGUACGGGGCGGCCGGCUACCGGACGGCCUACGCCGAGGACAGUUCGGCGAUGGCCACCUUCAACUACGGCAAGAAGGGCUUCCGUCAGCAACCGACUGACUACUACCUGCGCAACUUUUUUCGCCAGAUGGAGUCGAGCGUCGGCUAUAACAAGAAGCUGAACGCGAAACUGUGUCUCGGCGGGCGGAAUCCGACGCGCGUGUUGCUGGACUAUGCGCGGAAGAUUGUGAAAACGUCCGGCGAACGGGAUCCGAUGUUUUCGCUGCUGUGGGGCGUCGGAAUGACGCACGACUUCUUCAACAAUCCGGCCCUGAUCGACGACGACUAUCGGCAGGUGCUGGAGUAUAUGAACGAGCAGCAGACGCACUAUCUGAACCGGACCGUACUGAUCCUGAUGAGCGAUCAUGGGAUCAGGUGGGGAUCGUUCCGCAACACUUACCAGGGUAUGAUGGAGGAACGGCAACCGUUUCUAAUAUUGGUGCUACCGGCGUGGUUCGCGAGCCGGUAUCCUUCCGCUUAUCACAACCUGCGACGGAAUCGGUUACGGCUGACGACGCACUUUGAUCUGUACGAAACGUUGAAAGAGUUUCUGGAUCUUUCCGGCCUGUCGACGGAUUCGAUUCGCGAACGAACGGAGGAACUGCUGGAAGCGAAACCUAUCCCGAGGGGGAUCAGCCUGUUUCUGCCGGUUCCGGUGACGAGAACCUGUGAGGAUGCUGGAAUCGCUCCACACUGGUGCACCUGUCACGAUCAUAAGCCGUUGGCGAAGAACGAUCAUCAGGUCAUACAGGCGGCACGGUUUGCUGUGGACCGGGUAAAUCAUCUGCUGCUCGAGUAUCCUCAGUGCAGUGUGCUGCAUCUGAACUCGAUCGAGGAUGCGAGCGUCGGUAUGUCGCCGGAAAACAUUACCGCCAAGCAUAAGUUUAGCGACAUCAGUGUGCGGUUCGUGACGAAACCCGGGGAUGGAGAGUUCGAGGCGACGGUACGGAUCGAUUCCAACAACGAUAGCUUCCUGACGGGGACGGUUAGCCGGACGAAUCUGUACGGCAAGCAAAGCUUCUGUGUGGAUGAUUAUCGGCUCAAGCUGUACUGCUUCUGUGGGCGGUAGUGUGAAGCAGACGCGCCGGAUUAGAUAGAUAUACGUGGGAUUUUGGGGGAGGUCAGGAAGAUCAGUAGCUUUAGAACAGGCGUCGAUAAACGAUCAUGGCAAAUCAAACAAAUCCCGAGGGGGCGGGAUGGACACCUUCAUUGCGAAUACAAGUGAUAGCAUAGAGAUACGAGGUUUUCCCUCACCAGUGUUUUUUUUUCUGGUCUACAUUACGAGCUAGGUGGGGAAGGGACAAAGGUAGAGAAAGGUGGUGUAUAGUUGCUGUUUUAUAUUUUGCAUUUUUUGUGUUACGGUUUUUUUCGUAGUGUGCUUUCGUUGUACAACGCAUUGAGGAAAUAAAGAGGAACGUAUUAUUUUACAAUAAAAGAAGAGACUGAUUGUUUUAAUGGUAAAAUAUUGCAAAAUAAUCUUUUCAACGAACCCUGCUCUUGUUGCGGGGGGAUAUGCAGCGUGUAAGCGUUCGGCAGCUUUUAAACAGCGCUUAAACAGCAUAGCGGCCGUAGUGUAGUAACCAAAACAUUUGAAUCAAUUAAUUUUUUUACGAAGUUGAUUGAAAUAAUAGGAAUUAGCAAAGCAAUAUUGAAGCAAAAAAAAAAAAUUUUUUUUCUUUAAUUUACAGAAAAACGAGUAUCUUCAUCUCACUGUGCAAAACAAACAGAGAAAAUAGAGGAAAAAAGUCGACGAAUCGAUGAAACGUCAAAAGCCUCGAACCUCGAUUGUUGUGAUUUCGUCGGUGAGAUGCACGCGUGCUGUACGGGAUCCUUGGUGUUCCAAUAGGUGUCCCAGAGCGAAGGGAAAAAUCCUCUAAUCCUCUAAUAAUUAA